AUGGUUAGUGCUGGAGAGCGGGGCGGCGGCGCGGACCAGGGCGGACGUGUGUGUGCGCGCUCCCGGGAGGCACCUGCUGCGCCGAGCCGGGCGCGCGGCCGGGUGGGCGAGCAGCCUCGUCCCGCCCCGCCGGCCCCCCAGCCCCGCCGGCCCGCCCGCGCCUGUAGUCCCGGCGCCCGGACGAUUCAUUUCAUAUUGCUCUUCAGUCGACAAGGGAAAUUACGGCUGCAGAAAUGGUACACUACUCUCCCUGACAAGGAAAGGAAAAAGAUCACCCGGGAAAUCGUUCAGAUUAUUCUCUCUCGUGGUCAGAGGACAAGCAGUUUUGUUGAUUGGAAGGAGCUAAAACUUGUUUAUAAAAGGUAUGCUAGUUUAUAUUUUUGCUGUGCAGUAGAAAAUCAGGACAAUGAGCUCUUGACACUAGAGAUUGUGCAUCGUUAUGUGGAGAUGCUGGACAAAUACUUUGGAAAUGUCUGCGAGCUAGAUAUUAUCUUUAAUUUUGAAAAGGCUUAUUUUAUCCUGGACGAGUUUAUAAUCGGUGGAGAAAUUCAGGAAACAUCCAAGAAAUCUGCUGUUAAAGCCAUUGAGGAUUCUGAUAUGUUACAGGAGACAAUGGAAGAAUACAUGAACAAGCCUACGUUUUAACCAUGCAUCUACUUGAAGACUCCAAGUGCUACAUGUUGUGAACCUGUAAAUAAGUAGUGCCUUGCAUCCAGUUAUUUGACAGAGCCUCUGGCACCAUGCCAAAAAUAACUUAAAAGGGAUUUUUUUUAAUUAGCAAAAAUUAAAGUUGUUUAACAUAAUGUAUUUAUCAUUAUUCGUGUCUGUAUUAUACUGUAUAUGACUACUUGGAUGUUAAAACAACUGCUUCAUGGCUCAAUAGGCUGAAUGUUUGUUUGCAGUGUUUUAACUCCAUGUCAUAUUUUUGAGCUAAUUUAAAUACAUUUAUUUUGUUGCAUUUGGUCCUCUCCUGACGGGGUGUAAACUAUGUUGUCAUUAUCCAUGAUUUUGAAUGUAAAGUAUAUCUUGUAUCGAUAAUACUUUUUCUAAAUGUUUAGCUUUUUAAAUUGUAUAAUGAUUCAAAAUUAUGUUAAUAGUUCAGAGUUCAUACAUGACGUUAGACAUUUUUAAUACACUUAAUACUGUAAUUUCAGUCCAGAUACAGUGUAUCUGAUUUUAAUGUCCUGAAUUCAUUAAUUUUUCAGAGCUGGAAUUAAGGGCAACAACCAAAGAUAGUAUAGGCCUUAAGUGUUUUUGAUGCCUUGGAAGCUGCUAUCUAGGCUGAGGUUUUAAUUUUACCUUUUAAUUGAAUAUAAGGGGCAUUCCAAUAAGGUUGUGUUUUGUACAGACUCUAUGUAUUUAUUAAGGUUUUGAGACAUCUGAAAAAGUGUCUAUAACUUCCCUUACUAUAAAAAUAGUAUAAUAAAGAUUAAUAACAGUAGCAAUAAUACUUAUUAAUACUAUUAUUUUAAUAAUCUUUUAUGUUACAAGCACCCUUAGUUGCUUGAGAGAUUUUUGUUUCCAGUAUGUUUUCAUGUAUAUCUAAUAUAUUUGAAGGCUUACUUGGAGCAUUUAAUAUUAUUGCAGCCUGUAUAGUAGGUGCCUUUCCUCCUUUUUCUUUCCUCAUCUCCCAAAGAAAAUAUUUGCUGCUGACUGUUAUUAUUAUGACUAUGUCGCAUUCAUGCUUCCUGGAAAGUUCUAUAUAACCAGGUGGUAGAAGUGAUCAGACAUUCUAGGGAAAUAGCUUGUACUGUUCCGUCUGGUGCCGUGCUUUUGAUGUCUUACCUGUACAUUUUCAAUGUUAGUUUUGAGGUCAAAUGUCAUCAUGUUGCAGUGGUUAGGGACCUUCUAGUAUUCUUCCUAAGAGAAGAGUGUGCUUGCUGUUGGAGAAUCCAACAUGAGGGGAAAAUGUCCUCUUUGAUUCAUCAUGCCGGACGUAUUUAGGGAAAGAUGGCAAGACAAGAGUGGAAGAACAUGAGGAAAAAUUGACCAACUCCAAAAUAUAACCAUUAUUAAAAGGAAAUACUUCAGGUUAGUAUAUGAAGUAAUUAUGGGGCUUUUAAUAUCUAAUAUUUCCUCAAAUUAAUCAUGUAUUUACAAUUAGGGCAUCAGAUUGAAGUUUGUCAUUUUUAUCACUUUGUUUACUUUAGAUCUUUGAUUUUGUGCUUUAGCUUUUUUUUUUUUUUAACAUGGCAGAACUCUUUAUUUUAAAAAACAUUGUGUAAAGAUAAACUUUAUGUAAAUUGAUGUAAGUUUUUCUGGUUCUUUUGAAGCUCUCCACCAUUUUUGGAUGAAUGUAUUGAUUGAAUCUCAUUCAAAUGUACUCCACAUAUUCUGGGGAAUUCCAUAUUAGACACUGUCUAGUUAUAGCGGGGCCUCCUCAGACUUCGUGUCAACAGCACACGUAGAGCGUGAACAUAAUGAUAUGGCACUCUGGGGUAAAUUUGAGGGAUUUGGGGGACAUCUUACAUGGACUUUGGUGAAAAUAAUCAUUAUGUUUUCUUUAUAUCAUAUAAUUGUCAUUAUGUUUUCUGUAUAUCAUAUAAUUGUAAUAAAACCACCAAGGGAAAGGAAAGAUAAGAAAUAUUAAACUUGUAUAAAAACUUCCAAAUAAAAUUUUUUUUAAGUUUUUUAUUGAGGAA